AUGCGUCAGGCCCUGGAAGAUAUGCGUGUGGAAGACACAGGUGUAGUUUUGAAAAAUCUGAACGACACCAACAAUCCAAUUUUGAAAAAACGCAAGAUCCAUCAGUUAGCUGCUGGGGCCUCAGCCAUCCGUGAAGAAUCUUCUGAAAAUUCUGUUGUAUAG